AUGGGCGCCGACACGGAGCCGGGCCCGCACCUACUGUCGCUCGCGGACGUCGGCGCGCUCGGCUUCGACUGCGCGCUCAAGCCGGCGCCCGCGCUCACCGCCAGCGGCGCACCGGCCGACCUCAACACGCCCGUCUCCACCUCCGACCUGCCGGCGUUCUUCCCCAGCCUACUGGAGCCGCCGCCCAUCUCAGGUACUCUACCGGGCGAUGAUCUAUCGCUGGGGUGUUCCCCGCGGCGGCACAAGCACGAGGCGUCGCUGUCGCCGGGCGCGCGCGCCGAGGACGCCAGCAACGCGUCCAGCGCCAGCGCCUCACUGUACGGGCCGCCGGCGACCAAGCGCGCGCCCUCGCCGCCCCUCCAGUGGCUGCUGCCGCCCGGCCCGGGCCCCGGGGUCGACAAGUACUUCCAGCACGAGUACGAGGAGCGCGUCGACCUGCUGCCGCCCGAGUGCCAGCCCUCGUACUGCGCGCCGCAGCAGCCCUGCCCGCCGCCGCAGCACUGCGAGUACCGGCCGCAGCAGCAGCAGCAGCAGCAGCACCCGUGGGACGCGCAGGAGUACGCCCCGCCCCCGCAGCCCGCGCCCGGCCCCUCGGGCCUGCCGAAGCGCGAGCCGUACCCGAGCCCCGCGGGCGACCGGCCCGUGCAGCUCGCCGAGUACAACCCGUCCACGAGCAAGGGCCACGAGAUCCUCUCGCAGGUGUACCAGCAGAGCGCGCAGCCGCUGCGCCUGGUCGCCGUCAAGCCGCGCAAGUACCCCAACCGGCCGAGCAAGACGCCCGUGCACGAGCGGCCGUACGCGUGCCCCGUAGACGGCUGCGACCGCCGAUUCUCCCGCUCCGACGAGCUCACGCGGCACAUACGCAUCCACACGGGCCAGAAGCCGUUCCAGUGCCGCAUCUGCAUGCGCUCCUUCAGUCGCUCGGACCACCUAACGACGCACGUGCGCACGCACACCGGCGAGAAGCCGUUCGCCUGUGACGUGUGCGGCCGCAAGUUUGCCCGCUCCGAUGAGAAGAAGCGGCACGCGAAAGUGCACCUCAAGCAGCGGCUGAAGCGCGAGCGCGGCGGGCCCGCGCCCCACGAGCCCCUC